GCAAAGUAGUCCGGAGAGAAAGAAUGCAGAGGAUCCCAAGAAGAAGAAGCAAAGGCAAAGAAGUCCGGAGAGAAAGACUGCAGAGGAUCCCAAGAAGAGGAAGCAAAGGCAAAGUAGCCCGGAGAGAAAGGCUGCAGAGGAUCCCAAGAAGAAGAAGAAGAAAAGGCAAAGUAGCCCGGAAAGAAAGGCUGCAGAGGAUCCCAAGAAGAACAAGCAAAGGCAAAGUAGCCCGGAGAGAAAGGCUGCAGAGGAUCCAAAGAAGAAUAAGAAGCAAAGGCUAUAUAGUCCAGAGAGAAAGGCUGCAGAGGAUCCUAAGAAGAAGAAGAAGAAGCAAAGGCAAAGUAGCCCGGAGAGAAAGGCGGCAGAGGAUCCCAAGAAGAAGAAGAAGAAGCAAAGGCAAAGUAGCCCGGAGAGAAAGGCUGCAGAGGAUCCCAAGAAGAAGAAGCAAAGGCACAGUAGCCCGGAGAGAAAGGCUGCAGAGGAUCCCAAGAAGAAGAAGAAGCAAAAUAGCCCGGAGAGAAAGGCUGCAGAAGAUCCCAAGAAGAAGAAGAAGCAAAGGCAAAGUAGCCCAGAGAGAAAGGCUGCAGAGGCUGCAGAGGAACCCAAGAAGAAGAAGAAUCAAAGGCAAAGUAUUGGUAGCCCGGAGAGAAAGGCUGCAUUGGAUCCCAAGAAGAAGAAGAAGCAAAGGCAAAGUAGCCCGGAGAGAAAGGCUGCAGAGGAUCCCAAGAAGAAGAAGCCAAGGCAAAGUAGCCCGGAGAGAAAGGCUGCAGAGGAUCCUAAAAAGAAGAAGAAGAAGCAAAGGCAAAGUAGUCCGGAGAGAAAGGCUGCAGAGGAUCCCAAGAAGAAGAAGCAAAGGCAAAGUAGCCCUACAGAGGAUCCGAAGAAGAAGAAGAAGCAAAGGCAAAACAGCCUGGGGAAUAAGGCUAUAGAGGAUCCCAAGAAGAAGAAGAAGCAAAGGCAACCUAGCCUGGAGAGAAAGGCUGCAGAGGAUCCCAAGCAGAAGAAGAAGAAGCCAAGGCAAAGUAGUCCGGACAGAAAGGCUGCAGAGGAUCCCAAGAAGAAGAAGCAAAGGCAAAGCAGCUCGGAGAGAAAGGUUGCAGAGGAUUCCAAGAAGAAGAAGAAGAAGAAGACGAAGCAAAGGCAAAAGAGUCCGGAGAGAAAGGCUGCAGAGGAUCCCAAGAAGAAGAAGAAGCCAAGGCAAAGUAGCCCGGAGAGAAAGGCUGCAGAGGAUCCCAAGAAGAAGAAGAAGCAAAGGCAAACUAGAAAGGUUGCAGAAGAUCCCAAGAAGAAGAAGCAAAGACAAAGUAGCCCGGAAAGAACGGCUGCAGAGGAUCCCAAGAAGAAGAAAAAGCAAAGGCAAAGUAGCCCGGAGAGAAAGGCUGCAGAGGAUCCCAAGAAGAAGAAGCAAAGGCAAAGUAGCGAGGAGAGAAAGGCUGCAGAGGAUCCCAAGAAGAAGAAGAAGCAAAGGCAAAAUAGCCCGGCUGCAGAGGAUCCCAAGAAGAAGAAGAAGCAAAGGCAAAGUAGCCCGGAGAGAAAGGCUACAGAGGAUCCCAAGAAGAAGAAGCAAAGGCAAAGUAGCCCGGACAGAAAGGCUGCAGAGGAUCCCAAGAAGAAGAAGAAGCAAAGGCAAAAUAGCCCGGAGAGAAAGGCUGCAGAGGAUCCCAAGAAGAAGAAGAAGCAAAAGCAAAAUAGCCCGGAGAGAAAGGCUGCAGAGGAUCCCAAGAAGAAGAAGGAACAAAGGCAAAGUAGCCCGGAGAGAAAGGCUGCAGAGGAUCCCAAGAAGAAGAAGAAGAAGCAAAGGCAAAGUAGCCCGGAGAGAAAGGCUGCAGAAGAUCCCAAGAAGAAGAAGCAAAGGCAAAGUAGCCCGGAGAGAAAGGCUGCAGAGGAUCCCAAGAAGAAGAAGCCAAGGCAAAGUAGCCCGGAGAGAAAGGCUGCAGAGGCAAAGCAGCCCGAGAGAAAGGCUGCAGAGGAUCCCAAGAAGAAGAAGCAAAGGCAAAGUAGCCCUACAGAGGAUCCGAAGAAGAAGAAGAAGCAAAGGCAAAACAGCCUGGGGAAUAAGGCUAUAGAGGAUCCCAAGAAGAAGAAGAAGAAGCAAAGGCAAAGUAGCCCGGAGAGAAAGGCUGCAGAGGAUCCCAAGCAGAAGAAGAAGAGGCAAAGGCAAAGUAGUCCGGAGAGAAAGGCUGCAGAGGAUCCCAAGAAGAAGAAGCAAAGGCAAAGCAGCUCGGAGAGAAAGGUUGCAGAGGAUUCCAAGAAGAAGAAGACGAAGCAAAGGCAAAAGAGUCCGGAGAGAAAGGCUGCAGAGGACCCCAAGAAGAAGAAGCAAAGGCAAAGGAGUCCGGAGAGAAAAGCUGCAGAGGAUCCCAAGAAGAAGAAGAAGCAAAGGCAAAGUAGAAAGGUUGCAGAGGAUCCCAAGAAGAAGAAGCAAAGACAAAGUAGCCCGGAAAGAACGGCUGCAGAGGAUUCCAAGAAGAAGAAGAAGCAAAGGCAAACUAGCCCGGAGAGAAAGGCUGCAGAGGAUUCCAAGAAGAAGAAGAAGCCAAGGCAAAGUAGCCCGGAGAGAAAGGCUACAGAGGAUCCCAAGAAGAAGAAGAAGCAAAGGCAAAGUAGCCCGGAGAGAAAGGCUGCAGAGAAUCCCAAGAAGAAGAAGAAGCAAAGGCAAAGUAGCCCGGAGAGAAAGGCUGCAGAGGAUCCCAAGGAGAAGAAGAAGCAAAGGCAAAGUAGCCCGGAGAGAAAGGCUGCAGAGGAUCCCAAGAAGAAGAAGAAGAAGCAAAGGCAAAGUAGCCCGGAGAGAAAGGUUGCAGAGGAUCCCAAGAAGAAGAAGCAAAGGCAAAAGAGCCCGGAGAGAAAGGCUACAGAGGAUCCCAAGAAGAAGAAGAAGCAAAGGCAAAAGAGCCCGGCUGCAGAAGAUCCCAAGAAGAAGAAGAAGCAAAGCCAAAGUAACCCGGAGAGAAAGGCUGCAGAGGAUCCCAAGAAGAAGAAGAAGAAGACGAAGCAAAGGCAAAAGAGCCCGGAGAGAAAGGCUGCAGAGGAUCCCAAGAAGAAGAAGAAGCAAAGGCAAAGUAGUCCGGAGAGAAAGGUUGCAGAGGAUCCCAAAAAGAAGAAGAAGCAAAGGCAAAGUAGCCCGGAGAGAAAGGCUGCAGAAGAUCGCAAGAAGAAGAAGAAGCAAAGGCAAAGUAGCCCGGCCGCAGAGGAUCCCAAGAAGAAGAAGAAGACGCAAAGCCAAAGUAGUCUGGAGAGAAAGGCUGCAGAAGCUUCCAAGAAGAAGAAGAAGCAAAGGCAAAAGAGCCCGGAGAGAAAGGCUGCAGAGGAUCCCAAGAAGAAGAAGCAAAGGCAAAGUAGUCCGGAGAGAAAGGCUGCAGAGGAUCCCAAGAAGAAGAAGAAGCAAAGGCAAAGUAGUCCGGAGAGAAAGACUGCAGAGGUUGCAGAGGAUUCCAAGAAGAAGAAGAAGAAGAAAAGGCAAAAGAGUCCGGCUGCAGAGGAUCCCAAGAAGAAGAAGAAGCAAAGGCAAAGUAGCCCGGAGAGAAAGGCUGCAGAGGAUCCCAAGAAGAAGAAGAAGCAAAGGCAAAGUAGAAAGGUUGCAGAGGAUCCCAAGCAGAAGAAGAAGCAAAGACAAAGUAGCAUGGAAAGAACGGCUGCAGAGGAUUCCAAGAAGAAGAAGAAGCAAAGGCAAACUAGCCUGGAGAGAAAGGCUGCAGAGGAUCCCAAGAAGAAGAAGAAGCAAAGGCAAAAAAGAAAGGUUGCAGAGGAUCCCAAGAAGAAGAAGAAGAAGCAAAGGCAAAGUAGCCCGGAGAGAAAGGCUGUAGAAGAUCACAAGAAGAAGAAGCAAAGGCAAAGUAGCGAGGAGAGAAAGGCUGCAGAGGAUCCCAAGAAGAAGAAGAAGCAAAGGCAAAAUAGCCCGGAGAGAAAGGCUGCAGAGAAGAUCGCAAAAGAAGAAGCAAAGGCAAUUAGUUGGAGAGAAGGCACUGCAGAGGCAAAGAGUUGGAGAGGAGAAAGGCGGCAGAGGAUCCCCAAGAAGAAGAAGAAGCAGCAAAGGCUAAGUAGUCCGGAGAGAAAGGCUGCAGAGGAUCACAAGAAGAAGAAGAAGCAAAGGCAAAGUAGCCCGGAGAGAAAGGCUGCAGAGGAUCACAAAAAGAAGAAGCAAAGGCAAAGUAGCCCGGAGAGAAAGGCGGCAGAAGAUCCCAAGAAGAAGAAGAAGCAAAGGCAAAGUAGUCCGGAGAGAAAGGCUGCAGAGGAUCCCAAGAAGAAGAAGAAGAAGCAAAGCCAAAGUAGCCCGGAGAGAAAUGCUGCAGAGGAUCCCAAGAAGAAGAAGGAAAAGAAGAAGAAGAAGAAGAAGCAAAGGCAAAGUAGCCCGGAGAGAAAGGCUGCAGAGGAUCCCAAGAAGAAGAAGCAAAAGCAAGAUUGCCCGGAGAGAAAGGCUGCAGAGGAUCCCAAGAAGAAGAAGAAGCAAAGGCAAAGUAGCCCGGAGAGAAAGGCUGCAGAGGAUCCCAAGAAGAAGAAGCAAAGGCAAAGGAGUGGUAGCCCGGAGAGAAAGGCUGCAUUGGAUCCCAAGAAGAAGCAGCAAAGGCAAAAGAAACCGGAGAGAAAGGCUGCAGAGGACCCCAAGAAGAAGAAGAAGCAAAGACAAAAUAGCCCGGAAAGAAAGGCUGCAGAGGAUCCCAAGAAGAAGAAGAAGAAGCAAAGGCAAAGUAGGCCGGAGAGAAAGGCUGCAGAGGAUCCCAAGAAGAAGAAGAAGAAGAAGCAAAGCCAAAGUAGCCCGGAGAGAAAGGCUGCAGAGGAUCCCAAGAAGAAGAUGAAGGAAAAGAAGAAGAAGAAGCAAAGGCAAAGUAGCCCGGAGAGAAAGGCUGCAGAGGGUCCCAAGAAGAAGAAGAAGCCAAGGCAAAGUAGCCCGGAGAGAAAGGCUGCAGAGGAUCCCAAGAAGAAGAAGAAGAAGCAAAGGCAAAGUAGCCCGGAGAGAAAGGCUAUAGAGGGUCCCAAGAAGAAGGAGCAAAGGCAAAGUCGCCCGGAAAGAAAAGCUGCAGAAUAUCCCAAGAAGAAGAAGAAGCAAAGGCAAAGUAGCCCGAAGAGAAAGGCUGCAGAGGAUCCCAAGGAGAAGAAGAAGCAAAGGCAAAGUAGCCCGGAGAGAAAGGCUGCAGAGGAUCCCAAGAAGAAGAAGAAGCAAAGGCAAAGUAGCCCGGAGAGAAAGGUUGCAGAGGAUCCCAAGAAGAAGAAGAAGAAGCAAAGGCAAACUAGUGGUAGCCCGGAGAGAAAGGCUGCAUUGGAUCCCAAGAAGAAGCAGCAAAGGCAAAAGAGGCCGGCUGCAGAAGAUCCCAAGAAGAAGAAGAAGCAAAGCCAAAGUAACCCGGAGAGAAAGGCUGCAGAGGAUCCCAAGAAGAAGAAGAAGAAGCAAAGGCAAAAGAGCCCGGAGAGAAAGGCUGCAGAGGAUCCCAAGAAGAAGAAGAAGCAGCAAAGGCAAAGUAGCCCGGAGAGAAAGGCUGCAGAGGCUUCCAAGAAGAAGAAGCAAAGGCAAAGUAGCCCGGAGAGAAAGGCUGCAGAGGAUCCCAAGAAGAAGAAAAAGCAGCAAAGAAAACGUAGCCCGGAGAGAAAGGCUGCAGAGGCUGCAGAAUAUCCCAAGAAGAAGAAGAAGCAAAGGCAAAGUAGCCCGAAGAGAAAGGCUGCAGAGGAUCCCAAGGAGAAGAAGAAGCAAAGGCAAAAAAGCCCGGAGAGAAAGGCUGCAGAGGAUACCAAGAAGAAGAAGCAAAGGCAAAGUAGCCCGGAGAGAAAGGUUGCAGAGGAUCCCAAAAAGAAGAAGAAGCAAAGGCAAAGUAGCCCGGAGAGAAAGGCUGCAGAGGAUCCCAAGAAGAAGAAGCAAAGGCAAAAUAGCCCGGAGAGAAAGGUUGCAGAAGCUGCAGAGGAUCCCAAGAAGAAGAAGAAGCAAAGGCAAACUAGCCCGGAGAGAAAGGCUGCAGAGGAUCCCAAGAAGAAGAAGAAGCAAAGGCAAAAUAGCCCGGAGAGAAAGGCUGCAGAGGAUACCAAGAAGAAGAAGCCAAGGCAAAGUAGCCCGGAGAGAAAGGCUGCAGAGGAUCCCAAGAAGAAGAAGAAGCAAAGAUACAAUAGCCCGGAGAGAAAGGCUGCAGAGGAUCCCAAGAAGAAGAAGAAGCAAAGGCAAAGUGGCCCAGAGAGAAAGGCUGCAGAGGAUCCCAAGAAGAAGAAGCAAAGGCAAAGUGGCCCAGAGAGAAAGGCUGCAGAGGAUCCCAAGAAGAAGAAGAAGCAAAGACAAAGUAGCCCGGAGAGAAAGGCUGCAGAGGCUGCAGAGGGUCCCAAGAAGAAGAAGAAGCAAAGGCAAAGUGGCCCGGAGAGAAAGGCUGCAGAGGAUCCCAAGAAGAAGAAGCAAAGACAAAGUAGCCCGGAGAGAAAGGCUGCAGAGGAUCCCAAGAAGAAGAAGCAAAGGCAAAACAGCUCGGAGAGAAAGGUUGCAGAGGAUCCCAAGAAGAAGAUGCAAGGGCAAAAUAGUCCGGAGAGAAAGGCUGCAGAGGAUCCCAAGAAGAAGAAGAAGCAAAGACAAAGUAGCCCGGAGAGAAAG